CAUAAGCCAUCACUUUCUCUUGUUUUUUUUACCCUUUUAGGCCAGCCUUCCAACGUCACCAAAACCCACAUACUCCAAAUCGUAGGAAAUCCACACUCACACACUCACUCAAUAACACACACAAAGCCAGAUUUUUUUCCUUCUUUCUUUCUUUCUCUUUCAUUCAUUGAUUUGAUGAUAUGCCUUUACAUUCUUCAAGUAUGGCUAUAAAAGUCUCGCAUAAUUUGGGACUUGGAAAAUGGAAUGACAAGCACAACAACUUCAUACCCAACCACGUAGGAAGCUUCUUUAUCUCCUUACGAGGCAACAAAACCCACCACAACGCCAUGUCAAGAGGCCACAUUGGCUGCUGCCUAUCCAGCUUCAACCAAACCCAGUCCUUCCCUGUCAUGGAAGACCAGAAAAAACUCAGCUUUUCAUCCCCAGAACCUGUGAACUACUCUCAAGAAUUGGAUGUGGCUGUCAGAACCGUGCAAUUGGCAUGCUCUCUCUGCCAGAGAGUUCAAAACAGUUUGAUUUCUAAGACCAGCGAUGGGGUUCAAUCCAAAGAUGACAAUUCCCCUGUCACUGUUGCAGAUUGGAGUGUCCAAGCAACUGUGAGCUGCAUCCUGUCAGAGUCUUUUGGGAGCAGUAAUGUGUCCAUUGUUGCUGAAGAAGAUAUUCAAAAUCUUUCCAAGGCUAAGGCAGGUGGAGUAUUAGAAACUGUGGUCAAAACAGUAAAUGAAUGCCUAGCUGAAGCGCCUCGCUAUGGACUUGAAGGUCCGAAAAUGGCUCUUGGGACAACAGAGGUUCUUGAAGCCAUCAGUCGAUGCAACUCCAUUGGAGGGCCUGCUGGGAGAUUUUGGGCACUCGACCCUGUUGAUGGCACAUUGGGUUUUGUGCGAGGUGAUCAAUAUGCUAUAGCUCUGGCAUUAAUAGAGGAUGGAGAAGCUGUGCUUGGAGUUCUUGGCUGUCCCAAUUACCCAAUGAGGAAGGAAUGGCUCAACUAUCAUCACCGGUAUCAUAGAAUUAUAUCUAAGUUGACCCCGUCAACAUCAGAAUCAUGGGACAAGGGUUGUGUGAUUUAUGCUAGAAGAGGUAGUGGGGAGGCUUGGAUGCAACCACUGCUCCAUGUAAAUAAGAACUUAGUAUGGCCAAACUCUGCAAGACCUGUCCGAGUGUCCUCCAUUGAUAAUCCAUCAUUGGCAACCUUCUGUGAACCGGUUGAGAAGGCAAAUUCAAGUCAUUCCUUCACAGCAGGGCUAGCUCACAGUGUCGGGCUCAGGAAGCAGCCAUUGCGAGUAUACAGCAUGGUGAAGUACGCGGCUAUAGCUCGUGGGGAUGCCGAGAUUUUUAUGAAGUUUGCAAGGGCUGGCUACAAGGAGAAGAUUUGGGAUCAUGCAGCUGGUGUAGUUAUCAUACAAGAGGCUGGUGGUGUAGUUACAGAUGCUGGAGGGCGUCCACUGGACUUUUCAAAAGGCAUAUACUUAGAAGGUCUUGAUCGAGGUGUAAUUGCUAGCGCUGGAGCCAACCUACAUGACAAGAUCAUCAGGGCUGUUGAUGCUAGCUGGGACUCAUCUGCUCUAUAACUUAUAACAAAGGCUCUGCUCUGCUAUGCUGCCUAUCUCUCUCUCUCUCUCUCUCUCUCUCUCUCUCUAGCAACUGCUUCUUGGGCUGCAAUUACAUGAAACUGCUUUCAUUUGUGUUGGGGCAAGGCCCAUCUGGAAGCCCUGUAAAUAAUGGCAUUGAAACCCAGUUGACGUUUGGAUUUAGAACACCAUGCAAAACCAUGGACAAAGUGAAAAUGGGCAUUGGCUUUCUGGAGGGAGCAAAAUAAAAGGAUGAAAAAUAAGAAGCACAGAACAGAAAACAAAAAGGAUAACGUUGAAUC